AUGUUUUGUAGGAUUCUUGUAGCGUUGCUGGCUCUGACCUGCACUGUUUCUGCUCUGUCAGAGGUGGAGAUCAGGGCGAAGGAGUUCCUGAACAAGUUCGACGAGGAGGCCACCAAGCGUAUGUACCAGUAUUCGCUGGCAUCAUGGGCCUACAACACCAACAUCACACAAGAGAACUCUGACAAAUUGGCAGAAGAGGGGCAAAUCUGGGGCGCUUUCUACACCCAAAUAUCAGAUGAGUCUCGGCAAUUUCCCAUUGACCAGAUCACGGAUCCUGAAGUCAAAUUACAGCUGAUCUCCCUACAAGACAAAGGCUCUGGUGCCCUAUCUGCAGAUAAAGCUGAACAUCUGAGCAAGGUCAUGAGUGAGAUGAGUACAAUCUACAGCACAGGGACCGUGUGCCUGAUGGAUGACCCUUUUACCUGCCAGACUUUGGAGCCAGGACUGGAACAUGUUAUGGCCAAUAGCCAAAACUACAAUGAGCGUCUGCAUGUGUGGGAGGGCUGGAGGAAAGAGGUGGGGAAGAGGAUGAGGCCGCUGUAUGAAGACUAUGUGGUUCUGAAGAAUGAAGCUGCCAAACUAAACGAGUUUGAAGACUAUGGAGCUUACUGGAGAUAUAACUAUGAGACGAUUGAGGACGACACUCAGUUCAAGUACACUAGAGAUGAGCUGAUGGAAGAUGUCCGUUCAGUAUACAAAGAGAUCAUGCCCUUGUACAAGGAGCUACAUGCCUACGUGAGGGCAAAGCUUAUGGAUGUCUACCCAGGACACAUUGAUGCAGAAGGACCUCUGCCAGCCCACCUACUGGGUGAUAUGUGGGGAAGAUUCUGGACCAACCUGUACCGUCAUUCAAUCCCUUACCCACACAAGCAGGAUAUUGAUGUCAGCAAUGCUAUGGUGGAACAGGGUUGGACUGAGGAUCGGCUUUUCCGGGAAGCAGAGAAGUUCUUCAUGUCUGUGGGCCUGUAUGAGAUGUUCGAUAACUUCUGGAAUAACUCCAUGCUGACAAAGCCUACAGAUGGAAGCAGGGUGGUCUGUCAUCCCACAGCCUGGGACAUGGGAAACAGAGAGGACUUUAGGAUCAAAAUGUGCACCAAAGUAAACAUGGACGACUUCCUGACAGUGCACCACGAAAUGGGACACAACCAGUAUCAGAUGGCUUACCGCAACCUGUCCUACCUCUUGAGGGAUGGCGCCAAUGAGGGUUUCCAUGAGGCUGUCGGUGAAAUCAUGUCCCUCUCUGCUGCGACACCCAUACACCUGCAGAACCUGGGACUCCUAGGAGAUGGCUUUGUUUAUGAUGAAGAGACAGAGAUUAACUUCCUGCUGAAGCAGGCACUCACCAUUGUGGCCACACUGCCAUUCACCUACAUGCUGGAGGAAUGGAGGUGGCAGGUCUUUGCAGGGAAUAUCACUGAGGAUAAAUGGAUGGAGCGCUGGUGGGAGAUGAAGAGAGAACUUGUAGGAGUGGCGGAGCCAGUGCCGAGAGAUGAGACCUACUGCGACCCGCCUGCUCUGUUCCACGUUUCUGGAGACUACUCCUUCAUCAGAUACUUCACAAGAACCAUCUACCAGUUCCAGUUCCAACAAGCACUUUGUGAUGCGGCCGGUCAUGUUGGUCACUUGUCCUCUUGUGACAUUACUGGUUCUAAGGAAGCAGGCACCAAGUUGAGGAAUAUGUUAGAGCUGGGAAGGUCCCAGUCCUGGACCAGGGCUUUGCACACAAUAUCCGGUGAUACUAAGAUGAAUGCUCGCCCCCUAUUGAACUAUUUUGACAAACUUUAUCAGUGGCUGAAGGUGGAGAACCAGAAAAACAACAGGCUUGUUGGCUGGAAAACAGCAGUGGAUCCAUACUCAGAGAAUGCCAUUAAAGUUAGGCUAAGUUUGAAGGCUGCCAUGGGCGAUACAGCUUAUUCCUGGAACGCCAAUGAGCUGUACCUAUUCAAGACCAAUGUUGCAUAUGCUUUGAGGCAGUACUACAGCCUACACAACGAGACCCUUCUCUUCACAUCUGAGAACGUCCUCACCUAUCAGGAGACACCCAGAAUCUCCUUUUACAUUGUGGCUACCAACCCAAAAACUCCCUCCACAUAUAUCCCCAAAGCAGAUGUGGUAGCUGCCAUACGAUUAUCUCGAGGCCGAAUCAAUGAUGCCUUCCAAUUAGAUGACCAUACACUGGAGUUCGUGGGUAUCCCACCAACACUGGCAACACCUGUGGAGCAGCCGGUGGAGGUGUGGCUAGUGGUAUUUGGGGUGGUCAUGGGAUUGGUGGUGCUGAUGGGCGUCUACCUUGUCGUUUCUGGUAUCAGAGAGCGCAAGAGGAGGCCUGCAGAAAUAAAGAUAGAAGAGAAUCCCUAUGAAACAAGGAUUGAUGGACAGAGUAACAAAGGCUAUGACGACAGUGAUGAACAAACUGGACUCUGA